CUCAUUUGAAUCGACUUCAAAAACUUCUUCUUUAGUUCUUGAUAAGGACUUCAAAUCCGAAAAUCUCUUCUUGUGUUGUUGUGAUCUAUCUAAACUUUGAGUGGAUUUAGAGAUAACUCAAAAGAAUUUUGGAGUUUUGGGACAGUGGCUGGUGGCAAAGAAAGAGUUGGCAAGAAUCAUGAAAAUUGAGGGCUAGGGAAAACAUCAUUUUUUGAUUGUCAUUGUGAAUUUCUAUCUCUUACACAUCCAUUUCGUAGAGAUAAAUUUUUUUUUUUACGUAAACAAAAUUGAAACAAGCUUGCCCCUGCCCCAUGACUAGAUGGUCAUUUAAUGGAGGAGCAGGUUAACGAGCUACCAGACAUUAUCUUUGGCUAAUCACUUUGUAAACAAUCAAUCCCAAGGUUUGGUGUUUUCCAUAAUUGGGUGAAACGUAGUAUAUUCUGGGAACUACCAUAUUGGAAGAAUUUAUUGAUUCAUCAUAAUCUUGAUAUCAUGCAUUGUGAAAAGAAUUUUUUUGAUAGCAUUAAAAAUACUAUUAUGGAUGACAAGGGUUGUACGAAGGAUAACCCAAAUGCUAGAAUGGAUUUGCAUCUAUAUUACAAUAGACCUAAAUUGGAAUUGAUCCCUCAAUAUGAUGGAACAAUUUUAAAACCCAAUGCUACAUAUGUUCUUACUUGAGAACAAUGAGCUAUUGUUUGUCAGUGGCUAAAGGAUUUGAGAUUCCCAUAUGGGUAUGCAUCCAACAUAGCACGCUGUGUGAAAAGGCAUGACUUUCGAUUGUUUGGAAUGAAAAGCCAUGACUGUCACGUAUUCAUGCAAUGUCUCUCACUAGUUGCUUUUCAUGAUCUCUUUAUAGAUGCAGUUUGGGGUUUUUUAACUGAUGUUAGCAGCUUUAUUAGAGCUUUAUAUGCUCCAAUUAUUCAAGUUAGUAACAUGGAGAUGUGGGAGGAAAAAAUUGUGGAGACCAUUUGCAAGUUAGAGAAAGUAUUUCCUCCAGCAUUCUUUGAUUCGAUGAAGCAUUUGGCAAUCCAUCUACCAUAUGAGGCAAAAGUUGGAGGACCUGUCCAAUUCUAUUGGAUGUACCCUUUUGAGAGAAAUCGAGGUCAGCCUCUGAGGGGAGAAAUGCGUGGGCGAGCAUUGUCACCAAGGGAAUUAAAGGCAGCAGAAUUUUAUGUUUUGCUUAAUUGUGAGGAAGUAAACCAUGGAUUGCGUAUGUUUUGCUCUAACUUUCCUUUAUUUAGGUUAAUUAAAUUCAUAGAUUGUUUACUCUCACUUCUUAAUGUAGGCUCUUCGAUUCUCAAAUGUGUUGUGGACGAUCAUCAAACCAAAUUGAAAUGAAACAACAACUUGAGUUUAUUCUUUAGUUUAAAACAAUGGUGAGUCAAUCAUCAUAGUAAUUUUUAUUAUUAAGAUUUCAAUUUUAAUUUUAAUAAAAAUACAAUAUUCAA